GGUAACUUUGUAUCUCUAUGGGAAACUAGAGCACAUUGCUGUAAACAUAAGAUGAUAACUUUAUGGGAAAGUAAAUUAAAGUAAAUUAGUAUAGCCUAGGAGUGUUCUAGAGUCAAGAAUUUCUUCUUCAAAUCUUGGGAAAAUUAAAUAGACAAUAUGGCAUUUAAUCAGCAUUCAGCAUUUUAAGUCUUUUGUCAAAUAUUUAUUGAAGAUUUUUAUCAGGUGCAUUAGUUGCUGGGAAUACACAAGGAAGAUCUAAUUUCUGCCCCAGAAUCUUUGCAUGCCCUUUACAUUUUAAUUUCAGUCAAGGUUACAUUGCCUCUCUUUGGAUCACACAAAUCCAGGCCUAAACCGAUUCAGGCCCAAAACAUACUUUUAGAUUAAGAGAGAAUUGUAAGCAUCUCCAAAAGAUAAUUUUGUUAAUGAAAAAGUAACCUUCGUAUUGUAUGAGAAUUUAUAAUUGAACAAGAUGAAGCAGGCAGCAUGACUGAUGGAGCCCAGCAGGCCUUGAGGAGAAUCAUGGAAACCUGCUCCCAAACAACGCGCUUUGCUCUUGCUUGUAAUACUUCGGAUAAAGUAGAGCCCCUUCAGUCCUGGCGCGCAGUCCUGCAUUACACCAAGCUGACCAACGCCCAGAUCCUUACAAGGUUAAUGAGCGUGAUCGAGAAGGAGAAGGUGCAGUACACUGACGAUGGUCUGGGAGCCAUUAUCUUCACCUCCCAGGGAGACACAAGGCAGGCACUGAACAACGUGCAGUCUGUUUUCUCAGGAUUCGGCUUUAUUAACAGUGAGAAUGUACUCAAGGUCUGUGACGCGCCCCACGCCCAGCACUGUGUGAAGGCCAGUAUCGACGAAGCCUGCGAGAUUCUUGCUCACCUGUGGCAUCUCGGCUGUUCACCAGAAGACAUCAUUGGCAGCAUUUUUCGAGUGUGUGAAAUCUUCCAAUUGGCAGAAUAUUUGAAACUAGAGUUUGUUAAGGAAAUUAGAUGUACUUAUAUGAAAAUAGCAGAAGGUGUGAACUCCCUUCUGCAGAUGGCAGGGUUCCUGGCCAGGCUGUAUCAGAAGACAGUGGCCCCGGUGGCCGAUUAGAGUGGCGAACUCAUUAACUGGGUUACAAUAACCCCGGAAAGACAGGAGUCACAGCCUUCUGCUCUGGGAGAAUAUGCUGCCCAGACUGGCCCUGGAACGCGCCUUCCUCUAACACGCCGUGGCCUUCCCGGUGCUUCCACAUGUCUCCAUGAGCGUUUGCACUCAGCUCCAGACUCAAGGAUGUGGUGAUGGGGGCGUAGGGGGAGGCCCCAAAGAACAUCCAG